AACAUUAUUAAAAUUUGUAAAAAGCUCUAGUAGAAACUAUGAAUUAGUAUUUAUAGUUUUCAUUUUUCAUUUAAUUGAAUAUAACGAUUUACGUUUUUUCUAACUGAAGUUUUAUUACGCAUUUAUCUUAAAAAUUACAGUACUAGCAAGUUUUUGGUAACUUAAGACUACCUCAUAGUAAUUACUUACAAAAUAUAAUUUUUAAAAUGGAAAAUAGAAAUUCAAAUUUUACUGGACCUCAGCAAAAAUCUAAUGCAUCGCCAGACUCAUUGCUUAUAAUUUUUAAUGUUCUGUGUAGUUCUAUCAGCUUUCUGAUGAUGAAAAAAGAGUAAUGAGAGAAUGUAAUAAAGAAAGUUUUUUCCAGAGAAGUUUACCAUUAAGUGCCAUUUUAGGAGUAGGAUCCUACAUGGCUGGAAAAGCAGGUUAUUUUAAGCAAAGUCCAAAAUGGGGUCCAUGGCCCAAAGCUAUAGUCGGGGGGUUAUUAGGGUAUGUAAUUGGAAAAUAUUCAUACCAAAAUAAAUGUGCAGAAAAGUUGAUGCGAAUUCCCAACAGUGAAAUUGGACGAGUAUUAAGAGAACGUAGAGGGAAACUACAAGGUGACAUUCUUGAAGGAAAUAUAGCACUCCCAAAAAUUACACCAGGCUCAUAUAUGUCUUCUGAGUCAAUGGAUUAUAAUCAAAAUAAUGAUCUAGAUUACCAAAAACCAAUGAAUACUUUGGAUACGGAUUACCGACCGGACUAUGAUAGUGCAUCAUUUGAUAGAUUAAAUGAAGAUCCAUUGCCAAGUUCAAAUAUGCCAACAUCCUACGACGACCUCAGAACUCGUAAUAGACAAGAAUACGAAAAAUCCUUUUCAAAACCACCUUACAGAACACUACCAUCAAACUCGCAACCUAUUUGGGAAAAUGCUCCAAAUGACCAAACAAGAAACUCGCCUGCUGUCAAAGAGUCUCGUAAUCAAUACGGGGAUGUAUUUGUGCAAAACAAAUAACUUUGGUAGUGUUGUUGUGUUUUGUUAUUUAAAUUAGAUUUUAGAUGUUAUUUUGUUAUAAAUAUAACGUAAUUAUUUGUUCAAAGUUAGUAAUAAAUAUACAACUUAACAUAUUCUCUCAGUA